AUGGAGAGUUUGGAAUCAGAUCAGCAGGCAUUGAAAAAACUCCCCGAGACCCCCUCAGUGACGCAAGGUAGAGACGCAGGUCCGACGGCUCCUUUACCCACCGCCUCACUCUCAGAGACUGCAACACCGUCAGCUCCAGAGUCUGUUGGGACCACAACAAACAAAGAAGAUCAAAUCGUUACUUUGCUGCCUGAGGAUGAGGUGGAUGAGCCAGACAAGUCCUCCAGCUCUAUACCACAGGACACAGAGAAGGAGCGGGUGAAGGCUCCACAGGAGCAGCAGUACUCAGGAGUGAAGGAGAAUCUGCUCGAUGAAGCUUCCCUUGGAGGCCACAGUGUCAACAUUCAAUCCGAAACCUCUACUAAUGGCCAAUCGGUGCAACCAUCGUCCUCUGACUACUACGCCGAAAUCCCCAGCUCCACCGAUGCACCUAUCCAUGGCUCCAGCCAGAAGGAGUCAGUCUUCAUGAGGCUAAACAACCGGAUCAAAGCCCUGGAGGUGAACAUGUCACUCAGUGGCCGUUACCUGGAACAGCUCAGUCAGAGAUAUCGAAAGCAGAUGGAUGAGAUGCAGAAGGCUUUCAACAAAACCAUCAUUAAACUCCAGAACACGUCAAGGAUGGCUGAAGAACAGGAUCAGAAACAGACCGAGUCUAUACAGGUGCUGCAGAGGCAGCUGGAGAACGUGACUCAGCUCGUCCUUAACCUGUCACUGCAAGUGAGCCAGCUACAGAGAGAGGUCUCUGACAGGCACAGCUACCUGCUGCUGUGUGUGGUCCUCGGCUUGCUCAUCUGCAUCGUCAUCUGUGUUAAUUACUGUCGUAUGUCGGCAGAGAAUCUGUCGACAGAACCUGACACGUACGUACCAAACUCCUACAGCUACUGCUGCCCUGACAGAAAGCCAGAGACGAUAACUCCCACGCUACUCUCCACCCUUUCAGUCCCCAAUGGAGGAUUGUGGUGUAAUGACCACCGUCCUCACAAUCUGGACUUAAAGCUGCCUCCUCGUAGCUUCGUCCCUCCUCCCUUCUCCUCCAGAGACUCCUCGUCAGAGGGAAGCUCCGAAGACUCCUCCCAGUCAGACGAGCCUUCAUUCUGCGGUAUCGCCUCCUGCAGCCGCCUCUGUGAUCCUCUGCCUGCUGCAAAGAGCUGCUCCAAAAAGAGGAACCGCUUGAAAAAGAGGAGCACUGUACUCAAGCAGCUUCUUCAGCCUGUGCAGUGUAACGGCCCACCGGUCACGGCUAAGUUCACCCUGCAUGGCUUAAUCACAGGCUCCACAGAGCUGAACACGAACAGGCCAGGAGUCCCAUUGCUUCCUAAAAAGAACAGUUAUAACUGA